AAAUCCCCUUUUCUGUCCGUUUUCCCCUCAGUAUGCUGCUUGGAGAUGACAAGCAAAAGGAAGAUCAUCGGGCGCCUGGUGCCGUGCCGGUGUUUCCGUGGGGAGGAGGAGAUCGUCUCCGUGCUGGAUUAUUCCCACUGUGGCUUGCAGCAGGUGCCAAAGGAGGUUUUCAACUUCGAGCGGACCCUGGAGGAGCUUUACCUCGAUGCCAACCAGAUUGAGGAGCUUCCCAAGCAACUGUUCAACUGCCAAGCCCUGCGGAAGUUGAGCAUUCCUGACAAUGACCUGUCCAACCUCCCCACGUCCAUCGCCAGCCUGGUCAACCUCCGUGAGCUCGACAUCAGCAAGAACGGAAUCCAAGAUUUCCCAGAAAACAUUAAGUGUUGUAAGUGUUUAACGAUAAUCGAAGCCAGCGUCAAUCCCGUGUCCAAGCUGCCAGAUGGCUUCACACAACUUCUAAAUUUGACCCAGCUCUAUCUAAAUGAUGCCUUUUUGGAGUUUCUUCCAGCUAACUUUGGAAGACUCGUCAAAUUGCGAAUUUUGGAGUUAAGAGAAAACCACUUGAAAACUCUACCAAAGUCAAUGCACAAACUGACCCAGCUGGAGAGGCUCGACCUGGGCAAUAAUGAGUUCUCUGAGCUGCCUGAGGUUCUUGAACAAAUCCAGAACCUAAAGGAGUUGUGGAUGGACAAUAAUUCCUUGCAAGUGCUACCUGGGUCUAUAGGGAAGUUAAAACAGCUCGUGUACCUGGAUGUGUCCAAAAACAGGAUAGAGACAGUGGACCUGGACAUCUCGGGCUGUGAGGGGCUGGAGGAUCUCCUCCUCUCCUCCAACAUGCUGCAACAGCUGCCAGAUUCCAUAGGAUUGCUGAAGAGACUGACAACUCUGAAAGUGGAUGACAACCAGCUCACAAUCCUGCCCAAUGCCAUUGGAAACUUGUCCCUGCUGGAGGAAUUUGACUGCAGCUGCAACGAGCUGGAGUCGCUGCCCUCCACCAUCGGGUACCUGCACAACCUGCGCACCUUGGCCGUGGACGAGAACUUCCUCCCGGAGCUGCCCAGAGAGAUUGGGAGCUGUAAGAAUGUGACUGUGAUGUCCCUGCGCUCCAACAAACUGGAAUUUCUUCCUGAUGAGAUUGGCCAGAUGCAGAAGCUAAGGGUGUUAAACCUGAGUGAUAACAGACUGAAGAACUUGCCCUUCACUUUCACCAAACUUAAAGAACUGGCAGCCUUGUGGCUUUCUGACAACCAGUCCAAGGCUCUGAUCCCGCUGCAGACGGAGGCGCAUCCCGAGACCAAGCAGCGAGUGCUCACCAACUACAUGUUCCCCCAGCAGCCCCGCAGUGAUGAAGAUUUCCAGUCUGACAGUGACAGUUUUAACCCCACUCUGUGGGAGGAGCAGAGGCAGCAGAGAAUGACUGUGGCCUUUGAAUUUGAAGACAAGAAGGAAGAGGAAGAAAAUCCAGGGAAAGUCAAGGUUGAGAUCAACCUCAAGCGUUACCCCACUCCAUACCCCGAGGAUUUGAAGAACAUGGUGAAAUCUGUCCAAAACCUGGUGAGCAAACCCAGCCUGGGAGUGCGCCCCGAGAACUCAGCCCCAGCCACCAACAGUGACCCCACGGGCAAGGACAAGUACGAGCACAAGUGGCCUCUGACCCCCAAGGAGAUCUCAGUGGAGACACAGGAAUCCCACAAAACUCCCCUGCCUGGCCCUGAGAACAGCCCGAAAUCACCUCUGGAAGGCCCGGGCAGGGAGGACAAAGCCCAGAGCUCAGAGGAUGCCUUUGGACAUCCUGGCAGUGAGAUGAGGAUAGGGGAGCUCCGUCCUUCCAUGCCCGAGACGCCGCUGUACCCCCCCAAACUCGUCCUGCUGGGUAAAGACAAGAAAGAGUCGACCGAUGAGUCUGAAGCAGAUAAGAUCCAUUGUCUGAAUAACAGCGUUUCCUCAGGCACUUACUCAGACUAUUCCCCUUCCCAGGCUUCCUCAGGGUCCUCCAACGCGCACGUAAAAAUGGGCUCCCUGCAGACCACGGCUAAAGAAGCAGUGAAUAACUCUUUGUGGGGGAACAGGCUGGCCCAGUCGUUCCCACAGCCCCUGGAGACCAAGCCAUUGCUGAGCCAGCGGGAAGCGACUCCGGCCGGGAAUGUCCCGGCACGCCCGGAGCGGCGCCCGCUGAGCGACGCCUUCGCUGACAGCUGGAACGACGGCUCCCACUAUGACAACACGGGAUUCGUGGCCGAGGAGAGCGCGGCAGAGAACGCCAGCACCAACCCCCUGCUGAGCACCAAAUCCAGGAGCUCCUCCGCGCACGGGCGCCGGCCACUGAUCCGGCAGGACAGGAUCGUGGGGAUCCCCCUGGAGCUGGAGCAGCCCGCGCUCAGAAACACACACGACUCUGAAGUGCCUCCUCCCAAUCCUUGGCAAAAUUGGACCAGAACGCCCAGUCCUUUUGAAGACAGGACAGCUUUUCCUUCCAAACUGGAAAGCACCCCCAACACCAGCCCUUUGCCCGAGCGGAAAGAUCACGUCAAGGAGUCUCCCGAAAUGACGAGCACUUUCACUCCAGGAAUUCCGUGGGAAUACCACGACUCCAACGCUAACAGGAGCCUCACAAACGUCUUUUCCCAUAUGCACUGUCGCCCAGACCCUUCCAAAAAUGUCAUCUCCAUCAGCAAGAGCACGGAGCGGCUCUCCCCGAUGAUGAGGGAUUUAAAAACGAACAAGUUUAAGAAGUCGCAGAGCAUCGACGAGAUCGACAUCGGUGCGUACAAAGUGUACAACAUCCCCCUGGAAAACUAUGCAUCCGGGAACGACACCGUGGGCCCCCACGAGAGGGUGGACAAGCUGCUGGGCCCGGAGCACGGCAUGCUGAGCAUGUCCCGCAGCCAGUCCGUGCCCAUGCUGGACGACGAGCUGCUGACCUACGGCAGCGUCAAGGUGCAGCCGCAGCACAAGGCAUCGGUCACCAAGAAGGUUUAUCAGUUCGACCAAAGCUUCAACCCCCAGGGCGCCGUGGAGCUCCCGGCCGACAAGCGGCUCCUGCCGCCCUUCCAGCUCAACGCCGAGUACUUGCCCCAGCCGGCCAAGAGCCUGCCCCAGGAGCUGGUGAGCCCACGGGGCUACCGCGGCUACGCGCCCGUGGAGCCCAUGUUCUCCUUCUCGCAGCCCUCGGUCAGCGAAGAGCCGGCGGCCGCACCGUUCCCCGGCCCGGCCGCGCGCCCCGGCUUCCUGCGCAGGGCGGAUUCGCUGGUCAGCUCGGCGGAGAUGUCCGUGUUCCGCAGGGUGGGCGAGCCCCAGGAGCUGCCCCCAGUGGACAGGUACGGCCGGGCCCCGUUCCGCGGCGCCCCGGAGCGCCAGGGCAGCAUGGCCGUGCCCGAGGCCCAGUUCCUCAAACGCAACGGGCGCUACGAAGACGAGCACCCUUCCUACCAGGAAGUGAAAGCCCAGACUGGGAGCUUCCCAGUUAAAAACCUCACGCAAAGGAGGCCCCUGUCAGCACGAAGCUACAGCACAGAGAGCUACGGCACGGCCCAAACGCGGCCGGUCUCAGCGAGGCCCACCAUGGCAGCUCUGCUGGAAAAGAUUCCGUCAGACUAUAACUUGGGUAACUAUGGUGACAAGCCUUCCGAUAGCAGUGAUAUAAAGCCGAGGCCUCCCCCUGGGAAGGGAAAUGAGAGCUGUGCUAAAAUGCCCGCUGACUGGAGACAACAGCUACUUAGACAUAUAGAAGCUAGAAGGUUAGACAGGAGCGCUGCUUACAAACACCACACAGUUAGCCUUGGCAUGCUGCACUCUGGAGGGGUUUCAGCCAUGCAUGCCGGCCGAAGCAUGACUUUAAACUUGCAGCCUAAAUCUAAAUUUGAAAACCAAAUGCUUCAAGAGCUACCUCUACUGAAAACCCCGUCGCAGCAGAGCAGCCUCCUGGACAAUGGGCAGGACGAGGUGGCCGUGGGCAGCCCCUGGACCCCAUACCCGCUGGGCAGGCGGGAUGUGCCCCCCGACACCGUCACCAAGAAGGCAGGUAGCCACAUCCAGACGCUGAUGGGAUCGCAGAGCCUGCAGCACCGCAGCCGGGAGCAGCAGUACGAGGGCAGCAUGAACAAAGUCACCAUCCAGCAGUACCAGCCCCCCCUGCCCAUCCAGAUCCCGGCAUCCCAGAGCUCCCGGGCCCCCCAGCCCCAGCGGUGCCUCAUCCAGACCAAGGGCCAGCGCAGCACGGACGCCUACCAGGAGCAGUUUUGUGUGAGGAUAGAGAAGAAUCCUGGCCUUGGGUUUAGUAUCAGUGGUGGAAUAAGUGGACAAGGAAAUCCAUUCAAACCUUCUGAUAAGGGUAUCUUUGUUACUAGGGUUCAGCCUGAUGGCCCUGCCUCCAGCCUGCUCCAGCCAGGAGACAAAAUCCUCCAGGCCAAUGGACACAGCUUUGUACACCUGGAACAUGAGAAGGCUGUGCUCCUACUGAAGAGUUUCCAGAACACAGUAGACUUAGUUAUCCAACGUGAGCUUACUGUCUAA